AUGAAAACGCAUAAUGUUUUGAUUCUACUACUGGGAGUACUGAACGUAUGCGAUGCUCGGCGAAGCAUAUGCUACUAUCCGUAUGCAUGUGGAUCGUCACCUUCAACGAUCAUUAAGUACCGGCCAAAUAACGGCUACACGAGACCUCUUAUCAUGUCGAGAUUAGAUGGUGAUUCUAUCACUAGUACUGCUAAUGGCGUUAUUAAUGGAAACCAAGGUGGUUCUAUCGCUGCGAAUGCCAAUGGCUACAUAGGUGGUAAUGGUGCGCAAAUUGCCAGCAUCGCCAACGGAUAUAUUGCUCGUCAAAUUGCCGAGGCUAUUGAUUACGCCAGUGCUAAAGGAUUUAUUGCCAACCAAAUUGCCGAGUUUCUUGAUGCAAACGAUUUAGCGGUUGUUGAUGCUCGGCAAGUGGGAAAAAUCUUAGGUACUGCUAACGGAGUUAUAGCUGGAGGUGGAGGAUCUAUCUCUGCGAAUGCCAAUGGCUACAUCGGUGGUAAUGGUGGCCAAAUUGCCGCCAAUGCUAACGGAGUUAUUGCUAGUCGCAUUGCCGAGCUUCUUGAUGCAAACAAUUUAGCGGUUGUUGAUGCUCGCAAUGUGGGAAAAAUCUCAGGUACUGCUAAUGGGGUUAUAAAUGGUGGCGGCGGUUCUGGCUCUGGUAAUGGCAACAGCUACAUCGAUGGUGCUGGCGGGGGCGCUGGAGGAGGAAUCGGUUGGGGACUUGGUGGGGGUGUAGGCGGGGGAAUUGAAGAAAGAAUCGAUGGGGGAAUUGGUGAGGGAACAGGUGGAGGGCUUAGUGCGGAAGUAAGUGGAGGGCUUAGUGGGGAAAUAGGUGGGGGUGUUGGUGGGGGCGUAGGUGGCGAAAUUUCUGCAGGUGCUAAUGGGUGGAACCGUUAUGGCGAUGACAUUGAAGCCAUAAAUAAUAGAUUUAGCAUAGGUGGGCAUAUCGGUGGCAAAGUAGGUGCCUACCUUGGUGGCAAUACUGGUGCCUAUUUAGGUGGAUAUGCUGGAGCCGGUGCCGGAGGAUACAUAUAUGGAUAAUAAAAUG